GGACCAGUCAUCGCAGAUCAUCACAGGCGCUUCAAACUAGCCGCUACAACUUUACCAGGAGAGGAGAAAAGGACGAUUUCACUCUUUCUGUCGGUGUGUGAGAACAUACUGUGACUGAAAGAAGCGGGAUAACGGGAUGGGGGACACUAUUUUACAAGGGCAACGUAAGUAAAUGUUCAUUUUAAGCAAACAAAGACAUUUUGUGUACGGGGGCCCUUGUAGAACACAAGUAAUAAUCGUCUCUUUCCACUUAGGUCCUCCUUUCCCCCUCUCUGCUCUGCGUCUCCUGGUUCCGCCUGUCAGGCUGGUCUCUGCAGCGAUCUGGCAGACGGUCCAGAUGAAAAAUGUGGCAGAUUAUGGGAUUAUUCAGGAGUUUGUUUCCUUAAUGACUGACAACGUUCCUGAGCUACUCACUCCUCAGCAGAAGGCCCAACUUGUCCUGGGACUCCGAGCACGGGUGAGAGGAUGAAUGAUCAAUUAUCAUUCACUCGUUAAUUUAUACAGAAAACUGAUGCUCUUGGUAGUGAUAGGCACGGCAGUUCUUUUAGGUGUACUGAAUGUCUAGAAUCGGUUCACUAAAAAGAUUCGUUCAAAAGAUUCGUUUACCAAAUCACCGAAUCAUUCAGUACUUGGCGGGAAGAGCCUGUGACUCCGUCCUCCUGAACUGAUACACAGCUGAACGGUUGAGGAGUCAGUUCAAUUCAUAGCUUCUGGGACUGAGAGACAAGAGUGUGAGGCUGUGUUGCUUUGGCUAACAGGUUUGUAACCAUGUCAGUCAUGUUGUACUGUCAGAAUCAGAAUGUCCUUUAUUGUCAUCAUACUACAAGUACAACGGGAUUGGGGAGCUUCUCCUUUUCCAGUGUAAUAGACAAGUGAAAAUAAGGUAGUAAAAGUACAAAUAGUCGUAAGAACGAAGGUACUAUACAUACAAGACAAGAAUUUUACAGAACAGUAAAAUAAUGUAUAAAUACAUUUUUAUAUGUACUAUAUAGACAUGUAUUGCACAGGUUAAGGAUAUAUUAAUCAACACAGCAGCAGUAACGUUGGCAGUAUCGCACUUGUUACUUCAUCUUGAGGGCUGGAGCUGGUUUAAGGGAGUUUAAGAUGGUGAUGGCUCGAAGGAAGAAGCUGUUUUUGAGUCUGUUAGUCCUUCUCCCAGAGGGCAGCAGGUCAAACAGCUGGGCACCAGGGUGUGAAGGGUCAUGGAUGAUGUUUUGAGCUCUGCUGAGGCACCGGGUGGAGUAGAUGUCCGUCAGGGAGAGGAGAGGGCAGCAGAUGAUCCUCUGUGCUGUUUUGACUGUCCUCUGGAGCCUCUCUCUGUCCGCCUUGGUGCAGCUCCCUUACCAUGUGGUGAUGCUGUACGUCAGCAGGCUCUCAAUGGAUGAGUGGUAGAAGGCCAGCAGCAGCUUCCUGUCCAGCUGGUUCCUCCUGAGGACUCUCAGGAAGUGCAGCCGCUGCUGGGCCUUCUUUAUGAUGGCAGUGAUGUUGGCUGACCAGGAGAGGUUGUCACAGAUCUUGAUUCCCAGCAACCUGAAUGUGUGGACCCUUUCCUAUGUCCUAUGGUGUGCUAUUCAUCUGGUUUGCUCGGUAAAUUGGGCUCAGUGAGUGAUUCGCUCUCUGAACGUUUAGAAGAAUUCACACUGAACAUGCACCGUUCCCUCGCAAACCACUGCAAUGAUAGGAUGUUGCAGGUUUUAUGUACUACUUGUUACAUGCUGUGUCGGAUGGUAUGCAAGUUGUUGUGGUGGCAAUUUAGCAGUGAAAAAAAAAAGUUAGUUGUGGCCGACAAAAAUGAUUCCAGAGAGUGUAGUUCACUGUGUGAUUCUUUUACCAAGUGACUCAGGCGUCGAUGCAUGCGGUCCCUCAUUCGCCGGCUGCUCGCCUGGCCAUACUGCGUACUAAAGCAGCUACACUGCUGACAACUCAACUGAAAUGAGAAACGAACGAAUCAUUUGAGGAGGUGAUUCAGUUCCUUUGAACGAAUUGUUAGUGAACGACACAACGCUAGCUCUUGGUAAUAAGGGGUUGAUGUAAACAUUUAAGAAGUAGAUAGAUUGCUGAUUGAAAACCAGUUUGGAGACUUAUGAUAAAGUAUUAAAACGAUUAUCAUUGGCAACCUAUGUUAUCUUAUUUUGGACUUUUUACUGGCAUAGAUGAAGAAGUACUUUUAAAAAAAGCCCCUGGUUAGGUAUAAAUUAUCUAAACAUGAGGGAUUUCUGUGGAAUGAUAUAAAAUUACAUUUGGAGAGUAUUUGUACUUGGACUUUGAUCAUGAUGCUGUCUUUGUUCUUCCAGCUGAUUCUGGAGCUGUGUCGAUUUGAAGCAGACUUGGAGCUUAUUCAGCCGCACUUGGACAAUGUGCGAAUCCUGAUCCAGGACUGGGUGGAAGAGGUGAGUUUCAAGUGGAGUUACUUCAAGGAAUAUUCCGGCGUAAAAUUAAGUUGGGGUCCAACACACUGUUACACCGAGUUAGACACCCCCUCAAGAGAUGAAGGUUACCGACCGCUUCUCUAGUUAUACCAACUUUGGUAACGACCAUACGAUAGCAAUACACAGCGGUUUAAGGAGCCAUAAACAAACCUCAACCAAAACACCACUCUAUAGCCACAAAUAACACUCAAAACAGCACCUAACUUCAUCAACAGUACAUAUAAGGUCCCAGCCAUAGUACUAGAAGAACAUUUAUGAUCAUUUCUUCAUGGAAAUGCAAUCAGACCGAGAUGCUAAGACAGAAGAACUACUGUGUCUGCAGUGCAAAUUGAUUAUUAUGAUGAUUAUUACUUCAAGGAAAUGAUACAGUAAUGAUCAUAAAUGUUCUUCCUUGAGCUGCGUCACCCCACUGCAGUCCGUAAUGGACCUCUGGGUUUUUGCUACAAACAAACGGCUGCUGGAAGAGAGUAGGUUAGUUUUGUUUAGUCUCUUUGCAAAAGAAAUUAGGCAAAGUUAAAAAGAUGUUUGAUUGCUAGUACUAUGGCUGGGACCCUGUAUGUACUGUUGAUGAAGUUAGGUGCUGUUCUGAGCAUUAUAGAGUUGCUUUUUGGUUGAGGUUGAUGUGUGGUUCCAUAGACCGCUGUGUAUUGCUAUUGUGCGGUCGUUACUCAAGUUGGUUUCACUAGAGAAGCAAGCGGUCUGCAACAUUCAUCAGUAGAGGGGGUGUCUAACUUGGUGUUUGACCCUAACUUAAUUUUAUGCUGCAAUACCCCUUUAAGUCUAAUGAAAAUUUCUCUUCUCUUGAGUUCUCUGUCCUAUUAACUUCUAAUGCUCAUGUUAUGUUGUUCAGGCUGGAACAGAGAUUAUGGAAGUGCCGAACUCUGAGUUUGUGGAUCUGGUUCAAAACCUGCUGAAGAAUCCUGAGGAGAGGGAGCAUUUCUUUCAAGUCAGUUCAAAUGAUUUUUUUUCUGUAUUUCUAAGACUCUUAACUGCAACCCCAAACUGAAAAGUUGGGAUGUUGUGUGAAAUGCUAACUAUGAAAAAUAUAUGCUCACUUUAAAUUCAAUGCCAGCAACAGAUUUUUUAAAAAUUGUGACGGGAGAAAAAAAGUUUUGAAGUUUUGUAAUGCAAAACAAAUAUUUGAGGACACAUCUCCUAACUGAUGAGGUUACUUUGCAACAUGUCAGUAACAGUGAUUAGGUAUGAAUGGGUGCUAUAGAGAAACUGAGUCCCUCAGAAGUCAAGAAGAUAGAGAGAUUCACCACUCUGUCUGAGACUGCAUGGGAAAAUGAUUUCACAAUUCCCACGUUAUGUUUCUAAGCAUAAAACUACAAAAAUUUUAUUUUAUCAUUUACAGUUAAAAAUAUCAAUAAAAAUAAUUCUGAGAAUCUGGAGAAAUGUUUAUCGAAAAUGGACAAGGCUGAUAACUUAUAGUAGAUAGAUGGUUAUAAUCUUUGGGCCCUUGGGCAACACUGCAUUAAAAACAGACAUGAUAUUUAAUCCACCCUGUUGAGGAUCUUGAUGAUUAAUAAUAAUUUUCUUCUUAAUCUUCUUCUUUCUUGCAGCAAGUGUUCCCUGAAGAGUUUGGACCCAGAUAUGAUGACGCUCUUCAGACUUUGAUGUGGACGUUUCUGUCCAGACUUGAUGAUUUUCUUUCUUUUCAAACUUUCCAUCAGGUAAAUAAAAAAAGAAUGUAGAAAUUAUAAAAAGAGAUAUCGUGUUGAUAUCACUUUAAAUGGGUGAUGUGGUAUUCCUAAACCUUACUCCUUUCUUUUUUUACUCAAUUUGGGGUCUAAAUAACUCAAAGUUUAGGAUUGUUACACACUGAUCCAACCUUGAAAUACACUUGCUCAGAGAUUUUGUUUUUUGUCAUUGAGGGUCAGGUUGUUGUGAAAAUAUCGCAGAAAGGUGAUUUAAUUUAAAACAGAAACAGAGGGCCAGUAGCUCUCUCAAAAGCCACCAGACUCCUUUUAGAAAUAUAUUUAUAAGUUGCUUUACAAAGAACCCUCAGACCACAACAUGGCCAGAUGAUUAAUGCUUUAUAAUAGACACUUAAUAGCUUAUAUGCUACUAAUGUACUUUCAGUAAACAGCUAACUAAAAAUGAAUAUGUACUCCCUUUUCUAAAAUGUUGCCGGUUGAGCAGAAAUGAUUUGCUCUUGUAUACAGCAAGUCCCAAUAUAGAAAUUGAAUCUUUUUCUUUAUUUGUGUCUUCAGGUUGCCUCCAUGUUGGGUGAGGUGUCCUCAGUUCUGGAGGACUGUAUGAACUCAGUCUCAGGAUGUGAGGAACUCAAAACUCUGCUGCAUUACCAGAAGGACCUCGUACAGCUGCAGCACAACGGUGAGCCCUUGUAUUGCUCUUUUUUUUUUCAAUUACUCGAUGGACGCGGUUGUCAAGUCAGCAGAGAGAGCGGCUCUAUAAAGCUCUUCAUACUUUCCACAGUGCUGCACUGAACUCUUUUCUUAUAAAUUUUCAGAGAAUAACUUAAUCUUGGUGUCAGAUUUUUCUAAACCUGUGCAAAUAAUGCACACAAAUAGUAAAGGAAUGAUCAGGGUAUUUCAGUCAUCUGUAGAUAUUACUCACUCAACAUCAAAUCAAGGUUAGAUAAAAUGUGACAUGAAGAAUUGAAUCUGAAUUGAACUGUGAGUCUGUCGUUUUUUUUCAUGUUUUUUUUCCUCUUUUUAUCUCAUUCCAGAUUAUUCUUUGGAUGGUUCCUGCAUUAUUACAGCCCUCAAACUUCCGUCUGUUGGAAAAUCUGAGACUCAUGAAAUACAACUGCAGGCUGGGCUGUCAUCUUCAUCAGAUCUGGAGAGGGAAUCUCCAACCCUGCCUCAUGAAGCACAAACAAAGACAGACCCAAACACACACAGACAGACACGGGUUUGUGAUCCAACUCUCAGGAGAAACGGAUCAGUCGUGUUUUGUAGAGAGUCGACACCACCUGAGGGAAGUGUUUUUCAAGGGCAAGAAGAAGAUCCGUCUUUAAAUUUAAAACAAUGCCAGAUUCAACUGAAAAGAGUCGACGUCUCGCCCUAUCUGCGAACACGACCUGUGAGGCGAAACAGAGGGUUGAAGAUGCAGAAGCUCCUGAUGGAAGAGAAAAGAGAUCUCAAUAAGAAGGCUUCUCCUUCCUGGAAACCAGCGUCUAGAAAAACCCACAACAGGGCUCGCUCAAAAGUCUCAGACGAUGAGAGUUCAGGCAGCUUGGUCAAAGACACGUUUAUGGCUCCCAUUAGCACUUGCAGUGAAGACGACUCCUGGUCGUACUACUCUGAUGACAAUUCCUUCCACAAACCUUCCAGUCCAAGUGAGGCUGGCUCCUGGUCUCAUUACUCUGACGAUGACUCUUCGUUUGAGCCUCCAGCCAGGAGCUUGUCUGACGAUGACUCAUCGUCAAGCCACUCAAAUGAAGAUUCGACCUUCUUGAUUUCCAAAAAUGUCUCAGCUGUCAAAAGCAGCAGCACCACGAAAAAAAAAGUGGAGUGUUUUAUCUGCAAAGAGCUCGUGUCCACAAGCCUGAGGACUCACAUGAAAACUCACUUUCCCACCGGGGAUUACGCCUGCCCUCGGUGCGACAGCCGGUUCAAACUCUUCACCUCUCUGAAGCAGCACCUUAAAAGAAUCUGCUUCGAGCACGUCCAGCAGCCGGUGGAUCCAGCCAAGCCGGACGAGACCAGUAACCUUUACAAAUGCGACAAAUGUGUGGAAGCGUUCAAGUACAAAGUCUCUCUGGAGAAGCACAAACUGACCCACGAUGAACUGUACUGUAGCGUGUGCAGGAAGGUGUUGCGAGACGCAGAAGCGUUGGCGAGACACAAGUCUUCCCACACGCUGUAUCAGUGUAACCGCUGCGAGGAGACCUUCACUCUCUUCAAGCCUUUGUUGAGACAUUACCAAAACGUCCAUGAAACCAGGAAGCCCUUCAAGUGCAUUCACUGUCCGAAGACUCUGUCCAAGCUGCGUGUUUUGAUCGCGCAUGAGUGGAAACACACGGGCCAUCUCCCGUUUCAGUGCGCUCAGUGUAGCUUGAGGUUCAAAACAGAUGGAGAUCUCAUUUCACACUUGAGAGUCCACACCAGAGAGAAGCCGUACCUGUGUGCAGAGUGCGGCAAGACUUUCUCCCAAAGGUCCAACCUACUGCGACACUUCGAGCUCCUCCACAGUGAGUCUCGAAAUGAGAAGAGGCAUCGCUGCUCUGAGUGUGACAAAUCCUUUAAAGAGAAAGGAGCUCUGAAGAAACACCAGAGGCUCAAACACUUUGAAACGCUGCUGCAGUUAUUCCGUCAUCAGUGCCAGUACUGUGGAAAGAUGGUCUCCGCUUCCACGAUUGCCCGACACAAACUUAUCCACACUGGAGAGAGACCUUAUAAAUGCACCGUGCCUGAGUGUGAUAAACACUUCAGGUCGACCACGGAGGUGAAGAGACAUGUCCUCAUACACCACACCACAGAGAGGCCCUACAAAUGUGACAGCUGCGGGAAGGGCUUCAUUCAAAAGUUUGACCUCAAUACACACGCGAAAAUACACUCAGGAGUGAAGCCGUUUGUCUGCCACUGCGGCAAAGCUUUCCCCAAACUCUACAGCAUGCAGAGGCACAAAAGACUGGUGCAUACAAAGUAACUCUGUAGAGUAGUAACACUCAGGAAUCAGCAAUGUCUUCAAGUUUAGCAUCAUGGUCUGAAAAGCUGUACCUGCUAAAAUGCUACCUGCAUGUCUUUAAUGUCCAGUAGGGGGAGACUCGUCUGUAUGUGUAACCAUUGUAUAGAACUGUAUAGAAUUUCACUGCAAGGUGAGCCCACUUGUACCUUGGUUUAUUCUCUCAAUAAACAUUUUCUCUCACAAGUCCA